AUGGGGGGGAUGCUGGCGCUGCCCCCCGGGCAGGGACCACACCAGGUGGUCUGCACGGAUGUCAUGGUGGGCCACACACGGCAGGGGCUCUUCCUCCGCCUGUUCUACCCAUGCCUGCCCCGGGUGGGGGCCACGGAGCCGUUCUGGGUCCCGCACCCCAAGUACUGCGGGGGGCUGGCCGAUGUCACCCUGGGUCGCCGCUGGUGCUCCGCCCUGCUCGGCAUCGCCAUCGGCUCCUGCAGAGUUCCUGUCAGCUGGAAUGGGCCCCUCAAGCCCCGCAGCAGUGGGUACCCCCUGAUCAUCUUCUCCCAUGGCCUGGGAGCCUUUCGGACCUUGUACUCAUCAAUCUGCACAGAGCUGGCGUCCUGGGGCUUCGUGGUGGCAGCUCUGGAGCACAGGGACCACUCUGCUGCCACCACCUAUUUCUGCCCGGCAGAGGCUGGGACAGAGGAGUGGAUCCCCUUCCAGCGGGUGCCCCAAGGGCAGAAGGAGUUUUAUUUCAGAAACAAGCAGGUUCACCAGAGAGCACAGGAGUGCGUGCGGGCGCUGCGGCUCUUCCAGGGCAUCGCCAGUGGCAGAUCUGCCCCCAGCAUCCUCCCCCAGGACUGGGAUCUCUCCGUGCUGAAGGACAACCUUGAUCUGACCAAGGUGGCCGUCAUGGGCCAUUCCUUCAGGGGGGUGACAGCAGUGCUGGCCUUGGUGAAGGAGCCCAGCUUCAGGUGUGCCGUGGCUCUGGAUGCCUGGAUGUUCCCUCUGGAGAACCUGCUGUACCCGGAGGUGCCCAGUCCCGUGCUCUUCAUCAACACUGAGAAGUUCCAGACUCCGGAGAGCGCUGCCAAAAUGAAGAGGCUGAGCUCCAGAAACAGCCAGACGAGGAUUGUGACCGUGCUGGGAACCGUGCACGAGGACCAGACCGACUUUGCCUUCCUCCCUGGGAAGCUCUUCAGCCUCAUCUUCGGCAGGAGGGGCACCCUGGAGCCCCGCAGGGCUCUGGCCAUCACCAGCCAGGCAGCUCUGGCCUUCCUGCAGAGGCACCUCAAGCUGCAGGAGCAGUUUGGACAGUGGGACGAGCUCCUGGAAGGUGUUGGGGACUCGGUGGCUCCGGAUGUGCCCUUUGGAUGCUCUCACCUGUAGCUGCUC